AGUCCUCUCUAUAGUUUCACACGGGAAGAGGAUGUAUGUUAUUCUGGUCUUAAGCCAUCUUGUUUCACAACAGUGUCUGUACUUCUACCGGCUGUUUUUAUGUUCGUCCAUAUCAUGGUGUGUCCAGCUCUACUGCUUCAAUCCUUCAUCUGGAUCUCUCUGAUGGCAAAAGGUGUGCAGUAUGACGUGACUCAUAUCGUCAGCAGAAUGUGUGUGGUUCGGCAGUCGACGGUGCUCGUACCCUGCAAAUACACUUCUCAAUACGAGCAGGUGAGUGCAGCCGAAUGGCUCUAUGAGAAAUCACCGGAGCAGAAGGUCAGGGUCUCUCAGGAGCCCGCGUUUGAAGGCCGUGUGGAGUUUGUGCAGCCUGACGCGGGAAACUGCUCACUGCUGCUGAGGGAUGUGAGAGAGAGUGACGCGGGCAUCUUCCGGUUUGUGUUCAGCACUGCUUCCGGGCGAAAUUGGACAAACGAUCAGGGAAUCCGGCUAGAAGUAACAGAUGCAGAGCUGGAGGUAAAGGCCGAGUCUGAUGUUGUGAUGGAGGGAGACUGGAUUUUGUUUGUCUGUGGUUCAUGCAUCCCCUCCAUGGCUGUACCAACCUACAUUUGGAGCAAAGAUGGGCAUCUGCACGAGCAACACCAUGGGAACAACAUACUUGUUUUGGAGUCUGUCGAGCUGGAGGACGGAGGCCGAUAUUCCUGCACCAUAAGCGGUCAUGAGGGACUAAACUCCACAUCUGCUGAAAUCACUGUUAGACCUGGAUAUCCUCCAAAGAACGUCUCAGUGUCCAUCAGUCCAUCUGGUGAAAUAGUGGAGGGAGAUUCAGUGACUCUGAGCUGCAGCAGUGAUUCAAACCCUCCUGCUCUGAACUUCAGCUGGUUUAAGGAGAAUCAAAGCUCAGCUGUUGGAUCUGGACAGAGUUUCAGCAUCUCCAGCUUUAACUCCAGUCACAGUGGACGCUACUAUUGUGAGGCUCAGAAUCAACAUGGAUCUCAGAGAUCAGAGUCUGUAUCAGUCUCUGUUAAAGGGGUUCAGAGAGCUGCUCUGCAAACAGUUACUGGGAUUGUGGCGGGAUGUGGAGGACUGACCUUCAUCAUCAUCAUCAUUGUGUUCAUAAGUAGGAAGAGGCGGAGAGAAUGUGGAACUGAAGACGUGAAUCAAAAGCAGACGGCUGACUCGAGUGAUGAUACAUACACAGCUCUGGAUCCAGUGUCCAGAACAUCUGCUGACAUUUACAGCACGAUCAGAUCUGGUGACUCCAGAGCUCCUGAUGACACCUACACGGCUCUCCAGCUUCAGUCCAGAUCUUCUGAAUAUGAGACUCUAGCAGGAACUUCAGCAGAUCCACGUUAAACUCUCCUCACAGUAUUACUGCUCAGAUGGAAAUACUGAU